AUGUCUACGACCACUGUCUGCGAAGAACCCUUUCUUCGCGACAUUCGAAAGUCCUUGGAGCUUCUCGACCUGAAGUCAUGCGUUAUAUCGGGUCUGUCGCAGCCGCGCAAGACGAUUCCGUCACUUCUCCUCUGGGACGAGCAGGGGCUCAAAAACUUCAAUGAAUGGACCAACUGUCCUCACUACUAUCCCAAGUCAAAGGAGUUGGAGAUCCUCGAGACGCACAAAGACAGGAUGACGGGCGCUCUACCUGAUAGGUCUGCGCUGGUCGAGCUGGGAUGUGGAAACGUUCACAAGACCGCAAUCACACUCUCCGCCCUCGCUAGACAAGGCAAGGAGGUCCAGUACUAUGCCCUGGACGUCUCAGAAUCAGCGUUGCGCACUAGCCUGCAGGCUCUGCAAGCAGAGUUCAAGCACUUCCCGGAUAUCAGCAUCUCCGGUCUGCUCGGCACGUAUGACGACUGCGUAGACUGGAUCGCCAACAACACCGCCAGUCUCCGCACACGCUCAGUCACCUUCCUCUGGGUAGGCAAUAGUGUAGCAAACCUCUCCAAGACUGAAGCAAGCGACCUUAUGGGUCAGUCCCGCCAAGCCUGCACUAUUGCAGGAAUGCACUGCCACUUUCUGGUUUCUGCGGACGCUUGUGCCGACGAGAGCAAGCUACUCAAAGCCUACAAUCCCGAAGGGGGGUUAUCGUCCCUCUUCCUCCGCUAUGGCCUCAUCCAUGUUAACAAGCUGCUCCGAGCGGAUCUGUUCAAAGACGUGGUUUGGAACUGCCUCCUCGAGUACGAUCGAGAGGAGAACGAGAUCCUGACUUUCUAUUCUCCCGAAAGCGAUGUCACAUUGUCGAGCGGCGCAACGUCAGUGACGGUACAUCAUGGGGAGAAGAUAUUUUUUUUCCGUAGUGGCAAAUGGAAUGGAGAACAAAUGAGCAUUAUUGCACAGCAGGGCGGGUUUCAAGUUUCGCAGGUAUGGAGGGACGCAAAACAGGAGUACGGAUUCUAUCUUCUGUCUUCAUAG